AUGGUGUUUCAGAACGUCCCCGCUCAUGUGACCUCUGACAUGGUAGUGUCUAUCACGAACAAGGGCAAACGUUCUCAGCUGGUGAAGGUCUCCAUGGCGAGCUCACCGUAUUUCCAGCUGGACUGCCCCAAUGAUGUGUGCCAUAUCGUGCCAGCAGGCAUGUCCACCCCUGUGCGCGUCCUCUUCACUCCCAAGGAGAACAAGGAUUAUUCCCAUGAGCUCGUCUGCAUGAGUGGAAGUGAAUGGAUAGUUGUGCCAAUUCGGGCCAUUGCUGCCCGAGCCAUCCUGGACUUCCCUGACCAGCUGGACUUCCCGGUGUGUCCGGUCAAGUGCAGCACCCAGAAGACUCUGCUGGUUCGCAACGUCGGUAACCGGGCAGCUCGUUACCAGCUGAGCACCCAGAGUCCUUUCUCCGUGGUUCCAGCCACAGGAAUUCUGGGCGUUGGUGACACCAUGCAGGUGACAGUGGGAUUUCACCCGCUGACGGCUGGUGACCAUUCUGGAUCCCUGGUAGUGGGCUGCACAGGUGAAGAAAGUAUUCACAUAAACCUUCAGGGAAAAGCUGAAGAUGUAAACAUUGAGUUGAACACAAAUUUAGUGAAGGUUGAGAAGACUUCUGUCAACAUGUCAAACCACACAACCAUGUUCAUCAAAAACAACAGUAACAUCACAGCCCACUUCCAGUGGAAGGCUUUUCCUACUGAGGAACACGAGAAUGAAGAGAAGAGGAGGCAGUGUUCUUUGCUGCAGCCAUCGGCCAAGGUCUGGCUGGAAGCCUACAGAAAGGACAAGAAAAUGGAGAAGGAGAAAGGGUUUUGUGAAAAUCGCGCCCUCCUCCUGUCCAAUAAGUAUGAGCAGGACAAGGCAAAGGUGCAAGCAGACCCCAUGCUGUUCUCCAAUGAUAUUUUUUUCAUUGAGCCAAUGGAGGGAGAGAUUGGGCCACAUUGUUUGGCCGAAAUCAAGGUGACCUUUAAACCCACAGAACCACGAGAGUAUCGAUGUAUGGCUUACUGCAACAUCUCAGGCCGUGAGAGCAGGCUGCCCCUGUGCCUCAGAGGGGAAGGCCAAGGACCCUUGGUUGAACUCUGCAGUGAUACCCUGAACCUUGGGAGCAUUUCUGUCAACACCCCCCACAACUGUGAGGUGAAACUGAUUAACCAAGGAGCUAUUGAUGCUCCCUUCACCUACAUCCCUUCAACCACACACGUGGGCUCCUGCUUCAAGUUUGCACCUGAGGAGGGCAUCAUUGCACCGGGUGAGAUCCAGACUAUUCAGAUCUCCUUCAAUGCCACUGUGGUGGGGUGCUUUGAGGAACAAUUCCAAUUCAGUGUGGCUGGAUCUCCUACGCCUGUGAUCCUGACCAUCAAGGGGCGUGUCACCGGACCGACUUUACACUUCGACGUCGAUGAGCUCGACUUCGGUGACAUCUCCUUUGGCUUUCCCUUCACCAAGACCUGUCGCCUGACUAACACCUCCCCGGAGCCGCUGACAUUCAAGCUCCGCGUGUCGGACGAUGGCACGCAGCCUGCUGUUAGCAGCUUUGAUCAAAUACGCAGCGACAGUGACCCGUCCUGGAGGAAGGGAAUUCAUUUUGUUGUGGAGCCAAGGGAAUUUACAAUGAAUCCCAGCCAAGGGACCAUCCUCCCCCAGGGACACCAGGAUAUCGAGGUCACCCUGUGUUCUAACACUGUGAUGGAAUUCUGCCGGAAAUUGCUGGUGGACCUGGAGGAGAUUGGCGAGGGAGUGGCAUCACUGAUCAUGCAGGCCAGAUGUUUCGUUCCUAAACUGCAAGUGUACCCCCCAAUCCUGUGCAUCGAUGACUGCCGCCUGAAGGUGCCAUUCGAGAGGACGCUCUUCAUUACGAAUAACACCCACCUUCCUGGCUGCUACGGCCUAAUUCCCCAGAAACGCAAGGAGGACUCUCCUGUGUUCUACUCCAGCCCCAAACCCUGUGGGAUUGUCCAGCCUCACAGCACUGCAGAGAUUCCACUUGUAGUCAAAGUCCAAACAUUGGGCAAGCAUCGCACCAGAGUUCGUAUCGGCGUGUUCGGGGAUGAAAGAAACCCACUGGGAAUACAACUACAGAGCUAUGGAAAGCUGUCAGAAAUCUACCCAAGUCCAAGGCUGAUAGAGUUUGGCAUGAUCCCAGUGCUACAGCCUAAUUCACAAAGUUUUACCCUCUUCAACGAAGGUUUCCUCCCUAGAGGCUUCAGGAUGGAGAUCGCUUGUAAACCCCACUGCUACGUUAUUGAACCCAGAGAAGGAGUGAUCCCUGCUAGGGGUGCAGUUCCUGUGACUGUCACAGCAACCCUGGAUGACACUGGGGUUUUUGAUGAUGCUAUCCGGCUGUUCAUUGGGAACAGCCUUGGGAGCACCUUCAUGCUCCAGGCUUUGGGCACUGGCACCACAAUUGUCAUAGACAAACCGUUCACCCCAGAGCUCAACUUGGGAUACCAGUUCAGCCUCCUUCCCUGCAUUCGUCGGUUCAAACUAACAAACGGGGGCCACCAUUUCCAUCGGCUCUUCUGGAAGGUGGAAUGUAACAGCCCAGCUGAGGAGGAGGGCCAGAGCACCUCAGCCCUCAGUAGCCCCAAGGCCAAAGAUGAUUCCCAGAGCCCCAAACGUCCCUGCCCCGUGUUUGGGCUGGAGCCACCGUUGAUGGACCUGCAGCCAGGAGAGUCUGUGGACAUGGUGCUGCAAGGCUUCUCCCCUGUCCCACAGGUGGUGCGGGAUUAUGUGAGGUGUGAAGCUGUCAUCGGGACAGGCAGCGUGAUGAAGAAGAUCAUAGAAACAAUCAUAACCUGCGAGUUUAUUGAUCCUUCUAUAGAAGUAUCAGCAAGACAAUUCUCGUUCCGGGCGGAGAAGAAACCCAGUGAUGUCCUGACCCUGCACUAUCAGCCUUUGACUAUAAAGAACACCUGCUCGCUGCCACUCGACCUUAUGCUGUCCUUGGAGCGGCCGUUUCACGUGUGCCAUGCGAACCAGCAGCCCCUCCCAGAUGGCCAGCCUGUGACAGUGGAUGUAAAGCAGACCUGUCAUCUCUACAUUGCGUUUGAUCCAGCUUAUAAACUGGAUUUUCAUAGCUGGAAAGUAAAGAAGGUCCUGAAGAUAGAAAUGGUCAGAGGCCAUCCUUCUGUGGAGCAGAUCACCCUUUGGGGAGAAGUCCACUUCCCGAAUCUCCAAAUCCAGCCCAGCACCCUGGAGUUCGGCUGUGUCAUGGCUGGCACUCGAGAAGUGCGUUCUCUGGAGAUGACCAACUGCAGCUCAUUUCCUGUCAAGUACCACUGGGCAUUCCAGACAGACAGCCAGGCGAACGGGUUGACAUAUGAGCUUCACCCACUUAAAUUCAAACCCGAACCACCAAAGGGGAUGUCGAUCUAUGUGGAUCACCCGGCAACUCAAUGGAGACGCUUCAAGAUGAGAACUGUGGAGGAGCCAGCCACAACCCCGGAGGAAUCGCGGGAUCUUGCCCAAUCUCCAGGAGCAGAGGUGCCGCCACAUACUCGUGAAAAGCGUUACAUCCCACCAGGGUUGAGGCAAUUCAGGUACUCCAUGGACUUACCACACAAAGUGGUGAAGGCUUUCAGUAUCCUGCCGCUGUCGGGUGUGCUGCAGCCGGGAGAGAGACAGCAGGUCUCCCUCACCUUCUCUGGCCGCCUCAACACCAUCGCUGGUGUCAGGGCUCUGUGCUGUGUGGAGGGAGGCCCCACCUACAAGGUGGAGCUGACCGGGGGGGGCUCACGUGUCAGCUACUCCCUGAGCCCCCGGAAGAUCGACUGUGGCUUACAGCUGAAAGCCCACAGAUAUUUCCAGCCGCUGGCCCUGUCUGUGUUGCUCUGUGUGACUCCCUUGCUGCAUAUUUUUAAUGAAAUUCAUCACAGCACGGUCACCCUGGAGAACACCUGCAAUGUUAAAUUCAACUGGGUGAUAAACCCUAGCACUGCAGACCGACAUCUGCCUGGUGUGUUUCUGGUCAACCCCGUCAUUGGCUCCCUUGCACCUGGCAAGAAGCAAGUGCUGAAUUUCUCUUACAUGCCAGUUUUACCAGGAGCCUUCAGCAGGACUUACCAGCUUAAAGUGGGUGACUUGAACCCGGAAAGUAUCAGCCUGAAGGGAGAAGCGUUCUUUCCCAUGAUCACUGUGAACCUGCCCUGGAACAUCAAUGGAAGUGAAAAAUAUGAGGAGCCACCGAAACAGCUCGGAAUACAACAACAAUACACUCAGAGGAAUAAAUCAGUUGUUGGGAAGAAUACUGAGAGCCCAAAUACUGAGACCUUGAAGUCUCAGACCCUGAUGACUCCGACCCUGAAAAUUCAGGCGCCGGCAACUCAGACCCCAAAGACUCUGACCAUGACGACUCAGAAUCUGAAGACCCAGAACCAGAAGCCCUGCUUGCUUGGCUCUGGCAUUGUACCAGACAAUCAGGUGCAGGUAGAGAUGGUGAAGAUGCUGAUGGAGAAGGCUGCUCUGGAGCUGCAGCAAAAGCUCACAUCCCAUCUCCCGAAGAACAGGUUCCCUGACAAGCAGCUGUGCCAGAGUCUUCUCAAGUGAGUAGAGACUCCCAUCUCCAGGUGCCCCGUGAGGAACACCCAGCCAUGUCUCCUUCUCCUGAGAGCUCCUUGUGUGUGCAGAGCUGGGGAAUA